ACCUUUUCAAAGUCAAGAAAAAAGGGGAAAAAGAGGAGUCUAGUUUCUAUGACAUGGAAGCUUACUUCCACUACUAUUUCUUCGAGAAUAAGUUGCUGAAGCAUCUCGAUUUCCGAAUCCAGCUUAUCAUCAUCAACUCCCUCUCCCGGCGGCGAUGCUCAAAAUGGAGGUUCAGGAUUUAUCCGAUGACGCUGAUUACGCCGCCGCAUCUCAAGAAGGCAUGUUAAGUAGUAAGAAAAGCUCUUUUAGUGAUCUAGAAAACGCAGAAAUAGUCUACUUGAAGGAGAAAAUCACAAUUAAUCCAACUCAAUAUGCAGCUGACAGAAUCAGUGGGAAGUUAAAACUGAUUAAACAAGAUUCUUCACUAUUUAUGACUUGGAUACCUUAUAAAAGCCGAAACUCAAAUGCUAGGCUUUCUGAAAGAGACAAAAAUUUAUACACCAUAAAACCAGUGUCUUUUACUGAUAUCCAAUCAAUUCGAGUGCACACUCCAAAAAUUGGGUGGCAAUAUGCUGUUGUUAUUCUAUCAUCUGGUUUAGCAUAUCCUCCACUUUACUUCUACAAUGGAGGAGUACAAGAAUUUCUAGCUACAAUUAAACAACAUGUUUAUAUUGUUAGGUCAUCAGAAGAUACAAAUUUAUUUCAUAUAAAUAACUUCCAAGAUCCUCUUCAGUUUGAAAAAAUAUCAUUGGUAUGGGGAAAACCACGACAAUCUCCAUUACAACUUGAAGAGUGGGGAAUGUUUUUGGAUGCUGAAGGUCGAGUUGUGUCUCCAAGUGAUUUAAAGAAGAUAAUUUUUUAUGGAGGAGUGGAUCAUAGUUUACGUAAAGAGAUUUGGAAAUUCUUAUUGGGAUAUUAUGCGUAUGAUUCUACAUUUACACAGAGGCAUUAUCUUUCCACUAUUAAGAAAUCGGAAUAUGAAACCCUAAAAAACGAAUGGCAGAGUAUUUCCAUUUCCACAGAGCAAUCAAUAAAAGAAACCCAAUUUAAAGAAACAAAGUUUCUUAUUGAUAAAGAUGUGGUAAGAACUGAUCGAAUGCUACCAUUCUAUGAAGGAGAUGACAAUGAAAACGUGAAUACUCUUCGUCAUAUUUUAAUGACAUACUCAUUUUAUAACUUUGAAAUUGGUUAUUGUCAGGGUAUGAAUGAUUUCUUAUCCCCAAUUCUUUAUGUCAUGGAGGAUGAGUCAGAAGCUUUUUGGUGUUUUGUUUAUUUAAUGGAACGAUUUGGGCCAAAUUUUAAACAUGAUCAAAGUGGCAUGAAAUUUCAAUUUUUUGCAUUGUCAAAGUUGAUGGAGAUUCUAGACAAACCAUUGCACGAUUAUUUUGAGGAGAACAACUGCUUGAAUUAUUUAUUCUGUUUCCGAUGGAUUCUUGUACAAUUCAAAAGGGAAUUCGAAUACGAAGAAAUAAUGAGAUUGUGGGAGAUUUUAUGGACUCAUUAUCCAAGUGAACAUCUUCAUCUUUACAUAUGCAUUGCAAUCCUAAAAACACAUAGGGUUAAAAUAAUGGGGGAGCUAAUGGACUUUGAUACCCUUUUCAAAUACAUCAACGAGUUGAGUUGUCACAUUGAUCUUGACUCGGUGCUUUCUUACUCAGAAGCUCUAUGCAUGUCCGCCGGAAAAAAUGGUGCUGCGGCCAUUCCUCCCGGAACACCGCCAGUUGUGGCUUGAAAAACAGUAGAGUCAAAUAAGAGAUCUGAUUACCAAAUAAAAAAAAUCAACUCGGUUUUUUAGUUGAUUUUAAGCUUUAUAACAUGGUUUUAUAUAUGUAUAUAUAUGGAAAGGAAAUUAAAUGUAAGUAAAUGUUUAGAAUUAGUAGAGCUUUUCGACCAUGUUCUGUUUAUUUCUAUAAAACCCAAGUGAUUUUAGAGUUUA